UAACAAAACAAUAAGGCUCCAUUGUUAUUCUUAUAUUACAUAUGUAUGUAUAUGAGAGAGAGGAUUGGAGUGACCACUGCACACACAAGUAAAGCCACCAUGGCGUUCAAGAUCAAGAACGCCCCAUCCUUGCUCUUCCUCUUCACGUUCUUCUACAACAUUGCAUGCUCACCCUUCAACCCAGAACCGAUGGCUGCAACCACGGGAGGCCACUGGGUUCAGCUGCAAAGAAGCAUAGGCAUCUCCGCCAUGCACAUGCAAGUAAUGCGAGAUAACAAGGUAGUUAUCUUCGACCGUACAGACUUCGGUCCUUCAAACAUCUCCCUCCCAUUCAGCCGCUGCCGCUUCAACCCCCGCGACAUGGCCUUGAAACUCGACUGCACCGCCCACUCCGUCCUCUACGACCUCUCCCUCAACACCCUCCGCCCACUCACCAUCCUCACCGACGCAUGGUGCUCCUCCGGCGCUCUCUCCCUCGACGGCACACUCUUCCAAACCGGCGGCUUCAACGACGGCCACAACAAGCUCCGCACCUUCUCACCCUGUCCUCAGCACCCUGAAACCUGCGACUGGCUCGAACUUCCAUGGAACCUAACUUCCUCCCGCUGGUACGCUUCGAAUCAGAUCCUCCCCGACGGAAGAAUCAUCGUCCUUGGUGGAAGAAACUCCUUCACCUACGAAUUCGUCGAUCCCAACAGCAUCUUCACUGCACCGGAAAACCCUAACUCUUUCUUCUUCCUCAGAUUCUUGAAGGUCACGAGGGAUAGCAACCCCGGCGAGGAGAACAAUCUUUAUCCGUUCUUGCACCUUCUCCCCGACGGGAACCUCUUCGUCUUUGCUAACCGGAGAUCCAUCUUGCUCGACUACAAACGCAACAUUGUCCUCCGCGAGUUCCCGGUGAUACCCGGAAUAGAAAAACGGAACUACCCUAGCACAGGCUCUUCGGUUUUGCUUCCGGUUCAUCUCUCCGGGUUGGACGACCCGACCCGAUUACCCCACGCGGAAAUUAUGAUAUGCGGCGGCGCGUUUCCCGGCGCGUUCAAUUUGGCCAACAUUAACAAGAUCUUCAUUGAGGCUUCGAGGACAUGCGGUCGGAUUCGGGUGACCGACCCUGAACCCAAAUGGAUCAUGGAGACGAUGCCGUUUCCACGUGUCAUGCCGGAUAUGGUUCUUCUUCCAACGGGUGACGUCGUUAUAAUUAACGGCGCGGCGAACGGAACUGCUGGGUGGGAAAAUGCAGCGAACCCGGUUCGGUAUCCGGUUUUAUAUAAACCCGGUUUACAUGAACCGUUAUCCCGGUUCGAGAUACUGGCGCCGGCGAAGACCGCUAGGAUGUAUCAUUCUUCAGCUGUGUUGGUGCCAGAUGGCAGAAUAUUAGUGGGUGGGAGCAACCCACAUAGAGGUUAUGAUUUUCAGUCGUACCCGUACCCGACAGAGUUGAGUUUGGACGCUUAUUAUCCGGAUUAUUUGGGACCCGAAUUCGAAACCCUGAGGCCUUCGAUUAUUGCGGUUGAAGCUGCGAAUAAUACGGCGUCGUAUGGUGGUAAUUUUUCUGUUACGUUUUCAUUGCGGCGUUCUUUGGCUGGGAUUAGUGUGGCCCUUGUGGCGCCAUCGUUUACGACGCACUCUUUCUCGAUGAACCAGCGGGUGGUGGUGCUCCACGUUGCGGCGUUGCAGGAGGUGGCGGCGUCCGAAUUUAAGGUGACGGCGCGUGGACCGCCUUCGCCGACGGUGGCGCCGCCUGGGUAUUACAUGGUGUUUGUCGUGCAUGCAGGUGUUCCCAGUGUAGCUGUUUGGGUUCAGGUUAAGUGAAGUGAAGUGAGGUGAUGUCAGCAAGUCGUCAUCAUUUGCUUCUGUGGGAAUACUGUUGUAUGUAGGGGUAGUGGCUUGGGUUUUUAGACACCAUUCUUUUGGAGGGCACUUCUAUUAAAACAGAAAGAUAAAAACCUCAAUUCUUUUGGGAAAUUUCUAUUUUAUUCUAAAUUAUCGAGCAGUUUUGGUAA